AAUAAUUAUUGCGUAAAUUCAAAGUCUCUUUCUCUCUCUAUAUCUCUCUCUCUUCCUCCAUUAACGUACGGCUCGAGGUUCCUUCCUUUUUCCGUCCAAUUGCGAUUCUAUUUCUCCUUUCACCAUCCAAUUCUCUCGUCUUCUUCAUAAACCCGUAUCUACUAGGGUUUCUUUCUCUCUUGAUUUCAUCAAAACUAGGGUUAGGGUUACCAAGCGAGGUAGAAAUGAGUUUUCAAGAUCUUGAAGCAGGACGACCCAUAAAUUCAAAGCGAGGUCUUCUAAACAGCAAUCAAGAUCCUACGCAAGCUGUUGCUUCUGGUAUUUUCCAGAUUAACACCGCCGUUUCUACUUUCCAUAGACUUGUCAAUACCCUAGGAACUCCCAAGGAUACUCCCGAUCUACGAGAGAAACUACGGAAGACAAGACUACACAUUACACAGUUAGUUAAGGAUACUUCAGCUAAACUUAAACAAGCUAGCGAUACUGAUCAUCGUGUUGAAGUUAGCGCUACUAAAAAAAUCACUGAUGCUAAACUGGCUAAAGAUUUUCAAUUAGUUUUGCAAGAGUUUCAGAAAGCUCAAAGGCUUGCAGCUGAAAGGGAGACUGCAUAUACUCCUUUUGUUCCUUCAAGCUAUACAGCGAAUGAGAUUAAUAUAGGUUAUGAUCAAACUCCAGAGCAGCGUGUUCUCCUUGUGGAAUCUAGAAGGCAGGAGGUCGUGUUCUUGGAGAAUGAAAUCACAUUCAAUGAAGCUAUAAUUGAAGAAAGAGAACAAGGGAUACAAGAAAUCCAGCAACAAAUUGGGGAAGUUCAUGAAAUUUUCAAAGAUCUUGCGGUUUUAGUUCAUGAACAAGGAGCUAUGAUUGAUGACAUUGGCUCCCACGUUGAGAGCGCUCAUGUUGCAACAAUCGAGGGUAAAUCUCAUCUCGCUAAAGCAGCCAAGACUCAAAGAGCAAACUCAUCCCUGACAUGCUUGUUGUUGGUUAUAUUUGCGAUCGUGCUUCUGAUCGUGGUGGUAGUACUUGCAGCAUGAUCAUCGCCAAAACGAGACAUAUCAUAUCAAAACAUAAAGAGAAUCUGAUCACAGAACAUCGCCACUAUGAUAACUGCUGCUAGCUUGAAAGUGUCUAACUAAUGUUUAUGCGAAUCUGUUUUAAAUAUCCUUGUGGUGAUGAUGAUGACAACGAUAAGAUUUCUGAAAUAAUCGAAACUGUGAAUAAUGGGUGAUUUAUUAAAAGUGUGGAGUUGGCUAUGUAAAUUUGUAAUAUGGUUACAUCAUUCAAAUUAAAAUAGUAGCAAAUUCAAU